CCGAGGCUCGUAGAGGUGAGCAUGAGGCAUUCACAAGCAAAAGAACCAAAUCUGCAACACAAAGGCUUCCGUGUUUUAGUAUUGAGAACUACCCACAACAAAAGCAGAAUGCUCCAGCAUCUGCGACUGGUCCUGCGGACCUCAAUUCAAGAAGCAAAC